CAGCCCCUGAAAAAAAAUCUUGAUCCAGGGCCCUAAAUGUCCCAGCCCCACUGCCGCCAGACUUCCUGACGACUCCUCGUCCCGGUCCCCAGAUAACCGUCCUCCUAACGCCUUAACUUCCAGUGACUUCCAUACCAUCAACCCCAUCCUGUCCCGAUGUGGCAGUCGGCUGCCAGGGGGCCGCCUGCCUCAGAGUACCUGAGGAUUAUUCACAUUCGUCCCGGGAAUGGUGGAGAAGGGGUCUUGCGGCUGGGAAUAAAUCUUCCCGUCGUCCUGUUCCCCAGGAACCGUUCGGAGCCCGGGACAUGUCGCGAUUGAGGCGAUACGAGGUGGCGCUGGAAGCUGAGGAGGAGAUCUAUUGGGGCUGCUUCUACUUUUUCCCUUGGCUGCGAAUGUGGCGCAGGGAGCGGAGGCUCCCACUGACAAGCUGGCAUCCGUGGAACAAGACAAAGCCGAAACAAGAAGCCUUGCCAAUGCCUUCCAGCAAUAGCUGCUGUACUCAGCUCUACAGACAACCACUCCCGAUCAGGGUACUGAGGAGGAUCAUCCGAGUGGAGCUGCAGGAGGCCGACGGGGACUGUCACCUUCAGGCUGUUGUGCUCCACCUGGCUCGGCGCAGUGUUUGUGUUCAUCCCCAGAACCGCAGCCUGGCUCGGUGGCUUGAGCACCAUGGGAAAAGGCUCCAGGGGACUGUACCCAACUUAAACCUGCUACUACAAAAGAAAAUGUCCUCAAGCCCACAAGAGCAAAACUAAUAAGACAACAUUAAACAAUAAUCUCCA